AUGGCCUCAGCACCAACUUCCAAAUAUAAUUCACACUCCUUGGAGAAUGAGUCUAUUAAGAGGACUUCUAGGGAUGGAGUUAAUCGGGAUGUGGGAGAGACACUUCCUCGACUGCCAGGAGAGAUUCGCAUUACUGACAAAGAAGUUAUUUACAUAUGCCCUUUCAAUGGCCCCAUUAAGGGAAGAGUUUACAUCACAAAUUAUCGUCUUUAUUUAAGAAGUUUGGAAACGGAUUCUGCUCUAAUACUUGAUGUUCCUCUGGGUGUGAUCUCAAGAAUUGAAAAAAUGGGAGGCGCCACAAGUAGAGGAGAGAACUCCUAUGGGCUAGAUAUUACUUGUAAAGACUUGAGAAACCUGAGGUUUGCGCUGAAACAGGAGGGUCACAGCAGAAGAGACAUGUUUGAGAUCCUCACAAGAUACGCCUUCCCACUGGCCCACAGUUUGCCAAUAUUUGCGUUUUUGAAUGAAGAAAAGUUUAACGUGGAUGGAUGGACCGUUUAUAAUCCAGUUGAAGAAUACAGAAGGCAGGGGUUGCCCAAUCACCAUUGGAGAAUCACUUUUGUUAAUAAGUGCUACAAACUGUGUGACACUUAUCCGGCUCUCUUGGUGGUUCCAUACCGUGCCUCUGAUGAAGAUCUCAGGAGAGUUGCAACUUUUCGAUCCCGAAACCGAAUUCCAGUGCUGUCGUGGAUCCAUCCCGAAAACAAGACCGUCAUUGUGCGUUGCAGUCAGCCUCUUGUCGGUAUGGGUGGUAAACGAAAUAAAGAGGAUGAGAGAUAUCUCGACGUCAUCAGGGAGACAAACAGACAAGUUAACAAACUCACGAUCUAUGAUGCAAGACCCAAUGUCAAUGCAGUGGCCAACAAGGCAACAGGAGGAGGAUAUGAAAGUGAUGAUGUGUAUCAUAACGCCGAACUUUUCUUCUUAGACAUUCAUAACAUUCAUGUUAUGCGGGAAUCUUUGAAAAAAGUCAAAGACAUUGUUUAUCCUAAUGUGGAAGAAUCUCAUUGGUUGUCCAGUUUGGAAUCUACUCAUUGGCUGGAACAUAUCAAGCUUGUUUUGACGGGAGCCAUCCAGGUCGCAGACAGGGUUUCUUCGGGGAAGAGCUCGGUGGUGGUGCACUGCAGUGAUGGUUGGGACAGGACGGCCCAGCUGACGUCCCUGGCCAUGCUGAUGUUGGACAGCUUCUACCGGAGCAUCGAGGGCUUCGAAAUAUUGGUCCAAAAAGAAUGGAUCAGUUUUGGACAUAAAUUUGCAUCUAGAAUAGGUCAUGGUGAUAAAAACCAUGCCGACGCUGACCGAUCUCCUAUUUUUCUCCAGUUUAUUGAUUGUGUAUGGCAGAUGUCAAAGCAGUUCCCUACAGCUUUUGAAUUCAAUGAACGGUUUUUGAUUACAAUUUUGGAUCAUCUAUAUAGCUGCCGCUUUGGUACAUUCUUAUACAACUGUGAAUCUGCUCGAGAAAAACAGAAAGUUACAGAAAGAACCGUUUCUUUAUGGUCACUGAUCAACAGUAAUAAAGACAAAUUCAAAAAUCCCUUCUACACUAAGGAAAUCAAUCGAGUGUUAUAUCCAGUUGCCAGUAUGCGUCACUUGGAACUUUGGGUGAAUUACUAUAUUAGAUGGAACCCCAGAAUCAAGCAACAACAGCCAAACCCAGUGGAGCAGCGUUACAUGGAACUCUUGGCCCUACGUGAUGAGUACAUCAAGCGCCUUGACGAAUUGCAGCUUGCCAACUCUGCCAAGCUUUCCGAUCCCUCGGCCUCACCUUCUAGCCCUUCACAAAUGAUGCCCCAUGUGCAGACUCACUUCUAA